AUGUUCCCCAACACGCGACGCGCUUCGCUGCCUAGCAACCCAGCUGCAGAAGCCGCGACCCGCCGGGAAUGUCGAACUUUCGAACCCCAGCAAUGGCGUCGAUCGGUGUGCAAAAAUUGCUUUCGAUCUGAGCCUGAACACGCCGCUGUUACGACCGUUGUUCCUCCACCUGCUGUCUCUAUGGCGACGGCUUCAGUGCCCACUUUGGAAUCAACACCAGUGGCAGUUAAUGCCUGGCCGGCGACACCUGCAUUAAGUCGGAAAUCUACGCCAGUUGGGGCAAUGGAUGCGUCGCAGAUGAGGGUGAGUGGACAACCUCAGACGUCGGGGAGAAGAAAUGGACAGAAUGCACAGAGAUCGGCAGAAGACCUGCACAGAGGACCACCCACGGGUCACAGGGGCACCCCGGCCCCCAUUCAGGCGCCACCACCGCAGGUGAUGGGACCAGAGCGUGGAGCCCAAGUGGGCGCUGGUGGAGUCUUCUCGUCCGCCUCGAGUAUAGAUGCCAGAUAUGUGGAGGAGUUGGAAAAUGACUUCUUCGAUCUGGAGGAUAAAUACGAUGCCUUGGCACGAGAACGCAAUGACCUCUCAUUAGAGCUGGAGGCCAAAGUUAGGAGUGUGGAGGAGCUGCAGGCUUCACUGGAACAAUACAAAGAGAAGGUUAACACACUGGAAAGAAGGUGUACACACUUAGAGGAAGAAAUCAAGGGUUAUAGGGAAAGGCUACGAUUACCUGAAAGUGACCAAGGUGGAGUAGCAGGUGGUGCAACCGACAUAAAAGCCAGUUUGAGUGCUGCGCUAGAGGGUGGAGAAUGCAAUGACGAUUUGAAGUCGCGACUGAACCAAGUUGAACAAUUGUGCCAAGAUGUGAUGGAGGAGAACGAGGCGCUAAAGGAGGAAAUCGAGGAGAUGCAAAGGGAGAUCGAGGAAAUGCAUGAUCACUUUCAGGAAGAGGACCGAGACAGCAUGCGUGAGAUGCAGCGUGACCUUGAAGCAGCCAAUAAAACGUGCAGGAUCCUUCAAUUCAAGCUACGCAAAGCGGAGCGUCGUUUCGAACAGGUAGAGGCGGAGAGAGCCAGUUUGGAAGAACGUCUUUCACGGCUGGAGUCGCAACUCUACAACGAGACUGAUAUUGGUCACAUACGGACACUGGAGGAAGAAUUGCGCGUUGCAAAGGAGGUGACAGUUCGUCUUAACAAUGAAUUGGACAUUAUGGAAGAGAAACGCCAGUUCUAUGAGGACGAAAACCACCAGUUAAAGAAUGAAUUACAAAUGUGUCAGAAUCGACGCAUUACUUCUGAGAAUGAGGUUGAUCGACUACGCUUGGAGCUUGAUAAGCUGAAAUAUGAGAGUCGAUUCGCUGAACGUGGUCCCCUGCAAAUCACUGACAAAAAAGCGGGGCGCCAAUCAACGACUACCGCUGCCUCUUCUAGCACUGCAUUCUCUACCGAGCAAACUGAGCUCAUUCGUGCCCUCCAAACAACCAAGGAACGUGAGGCUGACCUCUCUGAACAGCUACGAUUUGCGGAGGAGGAGCUUCGGAAAAUGAAUCGCAGAAUGGCGGAGGCACAAGCAGACAAUAAUUCUCUGACGAGACAGCUCGAGCGCCUUAGUAUGCAGCAGGUACGCGGUGAGAGCCCAAGGGCAACGGCAUCUCAGGUUAAAAAGGAAAUGGCUGCAACGCAGCAGGAAGUUAAGCGCGCGGAAAUUGAUGAGAACGUUGAAAAGUCAAAGACCGUACAGGAGGAGUUGGAAAUGCUCAAGGAAACCAAUAAGGUGUCGACUAGACGAAUGAAUCAAUUAGCGAACGAGUUUCUCACUCUCAAGGCCAACUAUCGCGAAGUUGAUUGGUUAGCCAAAUACAAUGACGCCGUGGAGUCUCAGAAGGACGCUGAGAAUCAGAUUAAUACGCUGAAGCGUAAGCUUGCAGAUGCGAGUGGUGAUUUGCCUAGUUCCGUGGUGGCUCGAAUUGAAUCAAGACGACCUUCCUUGAAAUCGUCGGAUUCUAGAGCUGCCAUGUCCAAGGAAUGGCUAUUGCAAAAGCUGGAUAACUAUGAUAAAGAGAUGGCCGAUCUGGAGACUGAGAUGUCGGUUCUGCGAAACACAGCAAACAGCAUGAAACUGCAGUCACAGAGGAUGGCUGAAGAGCUUUCCGAAUUCAAGACAGAAGCUGACCAACGGGAACGAGAAUUUAGGGAGCAUAUUGAGCAUUUGGAGAAGAAGGACUUCGUCAUUAGUAGCCUCCUGGAACUUAUGGUUCAAAGGACCAGUCUUCUCCAGGAACAGCUUGAAAGGUCUAAAUCAGCUGAGUCCGAAAAGACAUCCAACGGAGCUGAGGAUGAGCUGAAGAAUCUUCAACAGCUGUUAGAAAAGGAGCGCGAGAAGACACAAAUUUUAGAGACUCAGCUGAAGUCUGGUGCCUCAAGCAUUCCUCGUCCGAUGUUGAGUGAAAACGAACGAGCAAGGCUGAAGGAGAUUGAGGUUUUGAAGAGUCAGUUGGAGGAGAGGGAGGAGCAGAUAGAGGAUAACGAAAGUCAAAUUCGUGAAUUGCGGGGUCGCCUGGAAAGAGCCAAAAAGAUGAACGAGGCAAUGAAGACGCUGAUUGACAAGGACUCUACAGAAACGUCUCGAACGUCCUCCAACACCGCGCUGAGUGGUGGCGCUUCAGCUUCAGCUCCAAUGGAGGCCAAACAGACGGCUCUGGAGAUAUCGAGCUAUAGACGCGAGAUUGACUCAAUGCGGAAAGAAAUAGCGAUCCUUCAACAGAAAGUGGUGCAGAUCGAAAAGAUUCGAGAGAAGCUGCUGCUUGAGAACAAAGAUCUCCAAGAGGAGUUAAAGCUUCGGGAAGAUUCUCUCUUUGAUCAGGACGAUGAAUUGGAGAAAAGAAAUGCCGAUCUAGCAAAAGCAAAACGCGCGCUUGAAUUGAUGCAAGUAGAACUCAAUGAGGCUCGCAAAGGAUUGGCUGCUGCGAGAGCACAGGAGGGAAUGAGCAUGAAAAUAAGCUCUACAUUGGCAGAAAACGAGAAACUGAAAUCGGAGCUUAGGCGCUUGGAGGAUGAAUUACGAGUCUCUAACUCAAAUCUAGAAAAGGCUCAAGCAGCUGAAUUAGAGGCCUCUGAGAAGUGCAAACAACUAGCACAGGAGGUAAAGAAUAAAGAGGGUCUUGUUCGCGAGAAAGAUGACCUUCUAAGUGAGGUGAAGAAGGACUCACAGAGGCUCGACGAAGAAUUGAAUGCAGCACGUCAGGCUAGCACAGAAGCACAAGUCAAGGUUAAGAAACUUGAGGCCACCAUAGCAGAACUGCAGAAGAAGCUCCAACAGAGGGAGAGUGUGGGUGGUUGGAGAGCCGAUUCUUCUCCUGACAGUGGGAUUGGCCGCGAUGGGAGUCGGGAUAGCAGACGCAUGGAAGUGGAUCGUCUUCGUCGCGAAUGUACUGCUCUACGUCAAGAGAGAGACGAAAUCGCCAAAGAGGCACGUCGGGAUAGACAGCUGUUUGAAAAACGCCUUCAGGAGGCCUGCAAUCGCUUGAAUUCUCCAGUGGACACACCUGUUGGUAUGGUCGUUGGCUCCGGCGUUAGUGGCGAUCUCUAUUCUCGCGCUGUUGCUGAGACGCAAAUCAGCAAAAAGCUUACUUUGUUUAAUGAACUUGUUGCUAAACAAAGCAGCAUAAUUUCUCAGCUGAAAAUUAAGAAUGAAAUAAUUCAGAACAAGAUGCUGGAAUAUCAACGGAAGUUUGCCAAUCUUAAGGAGCAGUACGAAGCAGAACAGGAAGCCUGGCUAUCGGAACGCGUUGUCCUCGAGUCUAAAGCAAAGGAGCAGGAGGAGAGGAAGAGUACAAUAGCAAGCACAAGGAAAUCUUUGCAGGAGACCAGCAUUCGACUGGCAGAGGCGGAAAUAAACUUCGAGAAGGAAAAACAGAAGUUUGAGCAAGAAAUAGCCAAACUGGAGUCGGAAAAGUCCGAUAUUAAGGUGCAAUUGGCUCAACUGAAAGAGCAACAGAAACUGCCAAAAGUAUUACAACGCUUUAGCGCCUCACCUGCUCGCACUGGUCACAUUAGUAUGAUUAAUGCUGGCACUCCCUCUAACGCCGCCAGCACCGAAACCACGCGACGUCUCGACUCGGCCGAGAGGACCAUAGCUCGUCUAAGGUCCGAGCUUCAGCACCGGCUUGAAGCUCAAUCCCAAGCCACCAUUGCUGCAAUUCAUGAGGCAGAGGCUGCUAGGGUAGCCGCUGAAUGUCAAAUGGAAUGCUUGAAUGAGCAGUUGUUACAGUUGAAUCUGUAUCGCGAGCAAGCUGAGUUGUUCAGAGAGAGACUAAUUGAUGCUGAACAGGGAGCAGACCGGGAAUACAAAAUUUGGACGGAGGAGAGGGAAGAUUUGCUCUGCCGAAUCGAGGAUUCUCGAAUUUCGAUCGAACAGUGGUGUAUUCGUCUAGCCAACAGGGAGGGAAUGGAAGGCAUGAAGUCAGAGGAGAUUAUCAACGACAUUGUCGCUGAAAUGGAGCGCUGGCGCACCUGUCGCCAACACAUACCCGUAUUCCGACGGAGUAGUUCCGCAGGUCCUGCAAUGCUCGGGUCACACACAUCCGAUACACAGUCAAUGAUGGGUGAUAGCAUGAUAAGUACUCCCGCUACCCAGCCCAAGACUCCGCUCUCCGCGGGAAAUCGGUCCACCUCAGUGGAGUGGUUCCACAAGUCUUCCAACGGAUUCAGGGGUAGUACAGUGAGCUUGGCUGCUGGAAUAAGCCCUUCGUUGGCCAGAAGUGUUACUCCCUCAUUGGUUCGAUGCGGUCGCUCUGUUUCACCCGAUGUCAGCAUUCGGAAGAUUACAAAUUAUCCGGAUCCAACACCAGGCUUUCUUGUCCGCUCUCGCCAAUCUUCUGUUGACAACCUUGGAAGUGUUGGCGAUCUCACUCAGAGGCCUUUUACUUCCCCUGGUAAACCGCCCCUACGCCAACCGAUUUCACCUGCUCGACGAAAAUUUUUUGAAGACAGUGUGCCCUCAGAAAAAGACAAUCUGAUCCCAAAAACUGAAUCAUUCACUUUCCCUCUAUCAUCCUCUGUCUCCUCCAAUGUAAUAAUCAAACAUCCUGCUGAACUUCGACAUUCUUCAAUUACCACCACGACUGCCAACAACACCAACACCACUACUAUCGCUCCAACCGUCGUUGCAAGUGUCGAACCCUCAAAGGAAAAGGCUCCCUCUUCUCCGAAGCCUUCUUCCACACCCUCUGUUCUUUCUCGAAUCUCCUCCAAGCUGGCUGGUUCAAAAACCGACAUUUCUCGACGCAAAUCACCCCCAAAGGAAAAGCGGCAUUCACCUCCCAAAACACCACCAUUGACAGCUUCAUCUUCCAGGUCUCCAAAACCGAAGAAGAAGUCGCCAGUUCGAACUUCUCCAACGCCAGAGACACCUACGCCGUCACCAGCAUCAACAUCGAAAGCAGUGCCCACUGCGCCCAAACGACGAGGCUCAGAGAUGAUUCAGUCUAUUGCCUCAAAACUUCAUUCAGCGGCGGAAUCAUCGGCAAAACCUUCCUCUUCCUCCCUAUCGUCAGCUUUCUUGAAAAGCGGCCGAUCAGGUAGCCUUACCUCCACGUCGAUAUCUCCUUCGUUUAUGGCGUUAAGGCAGAAGUUUGGGGGCAAAUAA